AAAUAUCACAUUCCACUUCCUUUAGCAAGAGGCGUAAAAUUCGGGAGGACCGACUAUCGAAGCCAAGUAACACUAUUUUUUUCGAAAAUGCCGGGUGGUGGAAUGUCUGGAGUUACUGUGGCGGAUGACGCUGUAACAGUUUAUCAAUCUUUACAAAAGAACAAAGAGCAUAGUUAUAUCAUUUUCAAGAUACAGGACGAAAAGAAAAUCAUAGUGGCGGAGACAGGGGAUAAGAGUAAAACGUGGGACGAUUUGGUCUCCCGGCUACCACCUCAGGAUGGAGCAUAUGUUGUAUACGACUUAUCUUACAAAGCCAAAUCAGGAGCAGAAAAUAACAAACCCAUAUUAAUAACAUGGGCUCCAGACAACGCAAGUAUAAAAGUAAAGAUGAUGUACUCCUCAAGUAAGGAUUCACUAAAGAAGAAACUCGGGGAGGGUUUGGGUAUUGAAAUCCAAGCCAACGACAAUUCAGAUUUGGAUUUGAAUGAAAUCAGGCAGAAACAAGAAAGUAAAUACUAGUAGACCUUGACAAACCACUAUUUGCGUAGAGUGAUCUAGACUUUGCAAAGAUGACAAAAAGCUUUUCUUGAUGACUUUUAUUUAAUAUCAUCAGUCUAGUGCUAAACUAAAUUCGAAGAUGGGGAUUCAAUGUGAUUUUAAUAUCAUGUUUUUUUUUGUUUUUUUUUACUUUUAGAAAGUGUCUCAUACUUUUUGGGCUAAAAUUUGAUUUUUCUGUAUUAAAACUGAAGUAAAUUUGUAAAGAAAUUUCAGAAUCAUGUUAUGUACACAGAAACCUUUUAGGAUUAGGUGAAUUCUUACCUUUAAGAGGGAGAAUUUUGUUUAAAAAAUUGUUCAUGUAUAUGACACUCUUAGUGCUUGUACUGUAUUACAAGGUUUUAUACACUUAUCAAGGAUUGUAAGUCCAAAUUUGUUGAAAUUUAUUGUGUACAUUGUUCCAAAGCCGGCUUAUGACAGAAACAAGUACAAGUGGUGCCAUAGAACAUAAAUGGACUGUGUUAUUAGACAGAUGAAAAUGACAAAUCUUUGUUAGACACUUUACAACAAUGAGAUAGUGAACAUGUACUCGAUUUGUAGCUUGUAAUACUUUUAAAGUGCACUGUAUACUUCUGAUUGUGAUUAUUCAUUUCAUUCUAAAUUAUUUUUUUAAUUAUUAUUAAGACAAGAAUUUGUGAAUCAGACAUAUCUCUUCAGUGGCAUAUAUACAGAGCCAGAGGUUGUUUUUUUUCAGACGUGUAUUUGCAAAUUUUACAUGUAAAAGUUGUUGGAAAUUGUUUUUUUUUUUUUCAAUGAAAUGAAAAUUAGGAAAGUAUUUUUUUUGUUAAAGUAGUUUCAGGUCAGUUUGUCCCCACCUAUAAAACAAUUGUCAAACAUGUAUUUACAGAGUAACCAAUAAUAUCGAGCUCAACUAUUUAAUAAUGUAACAUACACUGGGAUGGUAUUUUUCAUAUUCAUGUAAAUUACAAAUUUGUAUGCAAGAAUAAAAACAUUUCCAUUUGCA